AUGACUUUUCCUAAGCCUGCCAUCGACCAUGAACUGGCUGCUUUUCUGGCUGCCACUCCUGCAACGAACGACGCAGAAAUAACACCAGAGACGAUUCCUAUCUUGAGAGAGUUCUAUACACAGGUCACAUUAGAGUCAAUUACCGCUGGAAGAUCGAUCAAGCAUGAACAGCACACUGUCCCCGUUCCCGGCGGCGAAAUUAUCCUCUCUGUUCUUAAGCCUGCCGAGGUAAACGAGCCGACUCCAGCUAUCUACUACAUUCACGGUGGUGGCACAUUUAUGGGAAACCGCUUCUCCAGUAUUCCCCUGGUUGAUCGCUGGAUUGAAAAGCUUGGAGUUACAAUCAUUACUGUCGAAUACCGACUGACCCCUGAGCACCAGUAUCCAAUCCCCUUUGAAGAUUGUUAUACUGGCUUUAAGUGGGUGGGAGAGCAUCUUACCGAGCUUGGAAUUGACGGGUCUCGACUGAUGACUGCUGGGCAUUCUGCCGGUGCUAAUUUUGCAUUGGCGGUAGCUCUACGAGCUCGCGACGAGAACGGCCCUAAGAUCUGCGGUCAAUUAUUGAUGUGUCCUAUGCUCGACCAUCGUAACGAAACUACUUCUGUUAAGCAGUUCUUCACUGGAGCAUCAUGGACCGGUAAACUCAACGCGAAAGGCUGGGAGAUGUAUCUUGGUGAUCAUGGAAAGGGUGAAGGCGCUAAAGUAGAUAUUCUGGCUUCGCCAGGUAUUGCCGAAGCUGCCGAUUAUGUGGGACUCCCUACCACAUUUGUUGAUGUGGGUGCUGCUGAGCCCUUCCGUGAUGAGUGUAUUACAUUUGUCAGUAAACUCGCGCAGGUCGGUGUACCGACAGAAUUCCAUAUAUGGCCUGGCGCUUUCCACGCAUUCGACGAAUUUUGCCCGACUGCUGCCGUGUCGAAGCGAUCAAUCGAAACCAGAGAAGGCUGGGCGACAAGCGUUCUGUCUAAAAAGGAGUAG